AUGACGGCGGACGCUACAGUGAUGCGCCAUAUCUCCCAGAGGGCUCAGCAGCGAGAGGUUGUUGGGUUCCAUGGGGUGCCGCUGCCAGAUCACGUUAACAGACACCUGUCGCCUAUAUCGCUGAGUGGCGGUAGGCCACACGAGGGGUUCUAUCCACUGACAAAGAUCACGUAUGAGUUCAAGGACCACCCCUUCGGCGAGCCCAAAGUUGCUGAAGAUGCCUCCAAGCUGGACCUGAAGAGGGCGUUGAACUAUGGGCCAACAGAAGGGUUUCCGCAGCUGCUGGAGUUUGCAAAGGACUUGGUCUUGCUCACGAACAAGCCAGGGUAUUCAGGGUGGAAUGUGACGCUGACAAAUGGUUCUGGUGAUUCGCUCCACAAGGUGUUUAAUCUGUUGCUUGAUCCCGGUGAUACGGUGCUAUUGGAGGCAUACACCUUUGUCCCCACGAUCAACACCAUUGGAUCGUGGGGCGGGUCUCCUGUCCCCGUUCCAAUAAACUUUGAAGAUGGUGGGAUUGACGUUGAUUACCUGGAGCAGUUGUUGGAAGGCUGGUUCCAAGGGCAGUACCAGGAGAAGCCAUUCCCCAAGGUGCUGUACACGAUUCCAACGGGCCAAAACCCAACAGGACUAUCGCUGAAGGAGUCCAAGCGUGAAAGGGUGUAUGGAUUGGCCAAGAAGUACGACUUUAUUAUCGUGGAAGAUGAUCCAUAUGGAUACAUCCAGCUGGGAGCCUUCACAGAUGGUGUUGAUAACCCUUUUGACGACGACACGUACGACUCUGCGAGAUUUGUGAAGGAGAGAUUGCUGAAAUCAUAUAUCCAGUACGAUUCAGAUGGCCGUGUGCUACGUUUGGAGACGUUUUCCAAGGUCUUUGCACCAGGUGCACGGUUAGGAUUCAUCGUGGGACACUCAGAGCUGAUUCGUCGUAUCAUCGAUCAUUCAAACAUUUCGACAAAGGCCCCGUCUGGGUUAUCACAAGUCAGUGUAUUGUCAGCAAUUGCGCAUUCAGGUGGUGCUCGAGGUUGGAUUGAAUGGUGUGUGAAAGUUUCUAAAGUUUAUACAGAGAGGAAGAACGUUCUUAUCAGGACUCUCUUGGAGAGUGAAGCUUAUAAGAAAGGCUACUUCAAGUACAAUGAGGCAGACGCGGGUAUGUUCAUAACAAUUGACCUCAAUUUGCCUGAAGGUGACGACCAUAGAUUGGAACUGGAGGGCCUCAGAUAUAAAGCGAUUGAGAAGGGCGUUGAGGUUGUUCUGGGAAAGAAUAUGGCGUUCACCCCAGAGUAUGCCAAGUCUGCCAAGUUCAUCAGACUGACACUGGCAACUGCCAGUGACAACGAUGAACUGAUUGAAGCUGCAAGAAGACUCAGUCAAGCGGUGCUGAGUUUCUUUGAACAAUAG